AUGGAAAUGCCAGCCGAGAUGCCUAAUUAUACUGAUAUUGAGAGAGAACAAGCCUUACACAACUAUUCUCAAGAUUAUGAUAAUUCAGGAUUAGAUUUUCUUUAUGAGAACUUACGGUCUGAAUCCUACCCUAAUGUUGUGAUUUUAACAGCUUUACUGGGACUGUUAUUUCUGAUUGGUACUAUUGGUAAUAUAUUAGUAGUAGUUGUAUUCGCUAGAAGUUUUGUGAAACAUAACUCAACCUAUCUAAUUCUUACCUUAGCUGUAGUAGAUUUGACUAUUAAUUUAGUCAAUAUUCCAGGGGUACUGUUAAAAGAAUGGUACUAUCCAUUCCGGAGUGAUACUGUUUGUAGAAUGUGGGAAUUAAUUCAAAUGGCAACAAUUCCAAUAUCUGCCUUGAUCCUUGUAGCCAUCGCAUUUGAUCGCUACUUUCUCAUUUGCAAAGCCUUUAAAGGGCCCAUUCCUUUAUUUUGGUCUAAAUUAUUUCUGUGCUGUGCAAUUAUUAUUGGAUUAGUAUUAGGAAUUCCUCCAAUGUUGGCAGUUGGCGUACAUCAGGUUAAAAACAGCGUUGCUCCACCUACCAGCGAGAACCUUUAUUAUAUUGGAUUGUGUGAACCUAACUUUAUUCUUAUCAAAUCGGACACUUUGAAGAAUUAUUGGAUUUUUUUGACACUUCUGUUUAUAUUAAUAAUUAUGAUACUGACUACCUUAUAUGUCUUCAUUUUUCUCAAAGUUUAUGAACAAAGUAAGAAAUGGAACACAGCUAGAAAUAACAAAGUCAAACCAAAAUCCAGGAAGAAGAUGGAUAUGCUUGAUGAUGAGAAGAGACAAAAUGGUGGACUUCCAAGAAUUAAUUUUCGUGGUUUAAAUCGAUUUACAAGGUUAUUUCGUCAGCGAGUGGAUGAGAACUGUUUUGAUAGUAAAAAUAACGUGUUUUUGGUCACUAUCAGCCCAAUAGAGAAUCAAGAAUCUACAACCUGUCAUAAAGAAUAUACUGCUAUAGAACAGAUUUCACCGGAAUUACUGUCUGAUAAACGUAAACAUCAUGUUAGAUCAGAAAAAACGAAGAAUAACAACAACUCAGCAGACAGCAAACCACAAAAACAGAAAUCUAAAAGGGUGAAAAAUGGUUCGGAAAGUCAUCGUCAAAAGAAAGCUCAUGUGAAAACUGCGUAUGUUUUGUGUAUCGUGACAUUUAUAUAUAUUAUAUCAUAUCUACCAACUUUCCUUAUAACUCAUAAUGUGAUUACUGGCAAUAUCUUCUUAUUCUACUUUUACUUCAUUCAUAGUGCAUCAAAUCCUGUAAUCUAUUCCUUCAUGAACGUACAAUUUCGAAAUGAAAUCAAAAGACUUUUUACGAGAAAGAAAAUUACAAUAUAA